AAUAAAACUCGCAUAUUAUCACUUUCGAUUUUGAGCUCUUUAAACCCAAUCGUUGGCGAAACGUUACGUUGACUUCACGUUCAGAUUAUGAAGAUUCGGAUGGUAAAUGUAUCAUUCUAUAAGUUGUAGCAUGCGCCAAGAAGAUACUGUCAUACAAAAUGAGUGUUUCGUCAAAUAACGAGUUUGGAAGAGUUUUUGUGACUGGAAUUCCUGAAGAAGUAACUGAAAAGCAAGUGCAUAUCCACUUUCAACAGACUAAGAACGGUGGGGGGGAAAUUGAAAGAGUUACAUUGCUCAGCGGAGGAAAAGCUACGGUUGUUUUCACAGAUCCAAAAGUCGCUAGGGAAGUUGUAAAAAGACAGCAAAUAUUGAAAGGAAAGGUAGUGGAGGUAAAAUUCUUAGGGGGAGAAGCAAAAUCCAAAGUGGAAACGUUUCAAAACGAAGCAAGUUCAAUUGAAACGAGAGCUAGGACAAUUUUGGUUACUGGACUACCAACGGAUGGAGUUACAGAAAAAGGCCUUGAAAUUCAUUUUCAAAAGAAGAGAAAUGGAGGAGGUGAUGUGAAAAAGAUCACAUUAUUACCAGAAGGAAAAGCAUUUGUGGUCUUUGAGGAUCCCGAAGUCGCCAGAGCAGUUGUAAACAGAGAGCAAAUAUUAAAAGGAAAAGUGUUAGAGAUAGAACUUAUGGAAAGGGAAUCAUUAAAAAAGGUGAGAAAGUCAAACAAAGAUAAAAGUUUAGGAGGAAAGACAGCGCGAACAAUCUCGGUUUCUGGACUUCCCGAAGACGCCACGGAAAACAGCGUUUACAUUCAUUUUCAAAAGAAGAGGAAUUCUGGUGGGGAAGUUGAGAAAGUUGAAAUUUUGGGAAAUGGGAAAGCAAUCGUCACCUUCGAAGAGCCUCGAGUUGCUAUGAACGUUGUCAAUACGACUCAAAUGACUAAGGAAAAAGUUCUCGAUGUUAAACUAGCUGAGAUGGAGGAAAGUGAGGAUGAAGAAAUGCCAGAGAAAGAACCUGGAACAAUUCAUAUUUCGGGUCUCCCAGAAGGAACGACAGGAAACAAUAUUCAUAUCCACUUUCAAAAGAAGAAAAAUAAUGGAGGAGAAGUUAAAGAAGUUAAAUAUUUUCCUGAGAAGAAUGAAGCAGUAAUUGUCUUUGAAGAUAUCCAAGUGGCGAAGAAAGUCAUCGAAAAAGAGCAAGUGCUUCAUGGGAAGAAAUUGGUUGUGAAACUUCAAACGACAGACACAGGAUCGAGGAGCGAAAGGCUGGGGAGCGAUGAAGAAGAAAGAAAGUCCGAUAAAGAAAGAACAGUUCUAGUGUUCGACCUUCCUGACGGUACUACAGAAAAUGGCGUUCAUAUCCACUUUCAGAAGAAAAAAAACAUGGGAGGAGAAAUUGAAAAGACCGUAAUUUUGCCAGGAAAUAGAGCUGUGGUUGUGUUUGAGGAUUCUGAAGUGGCAAGAAGCGUGGUCGAAACUCCGCAGCAAAUGAAAGGAAAAUGUUUAACCGUGAUUCUUUUGAAUAAAGAAAGUUCAACGGAAACGAAGAGAAGACAGGAAGAUGAAACCAAAGAAAAACCGGAGACGGAAACAGAAUUGGAAUCAACAACUUCAGAAUCUGUUGGUACGCCAGAGAUUAGCAGAGGCAAAAUGGACGAUGCAGCAUCUGGAGUGACUAACUUGAAUGACAUCGAUCAAGUGUAUGGCAAGGUGACUGCUUCCGUCAAUCCUGUGAUUAUGUCGACUGGGUUGGAGCAGUUUUGGAGCAACGUUUUUAAUAUAAUUCAAAAGUCUUGCGGGGUACAAUGCCACGUUGCAUCUUUCGGAGUUCUUGUAACAGGCAGUCUCAGUCAAGUAACAAGAGCUGGAGAAAUACUAAAUCUUCAGUUGAAAAGGCACCGUCAAAAUGGCUCGAAUUUGAACCAAAGCGACGCGAAUUUCAACCAGCCUGAGGCGACAAAAUCAAACCAAAUGGGAAGGACUCUUAGUCCAGGUGAUCCAACUCCUGAUCAUGACCCAUACUCGAGUUUAACUCCUUCCAACCAGACAUUCAAACCAUAUGACACUGCCAAUAUUAUUGACAACUCGUAUCAACGAGGAUAUUUUGAGAGCAGUGGCAAUUCUUUACAUUGGCAACCUCAAGACCAGUUUUAUCAGGGCAACACUAUAAAUCAGCCCUCAAAUCUUCGGCAACCAGAGUGGAUGAAAAAGGUUCAGAAUGACACGCAUUACAGCAGCGACAACAGUAGAUUCAGAGGUGGACAUCUUAACCAAUAUCCAUACCCAAUGAACGAAAUGAAAUACUUUCACCGCCCACCACCUGGAUUUCCACAGCACGCCUAUUUUCAGUCCCAAUUUGGGUUUGGACCCCCACCCAACACACCUCCUCAGUACACAGCCCGAUCCCCCAGUGCAGGUGAUACACCUUCAGACGUUACCAAUCGAGAAAGGGCUGAACACCAAACCACAAAUCACCAGCACGGAAACACACCGCCGGAAGUUGAAGGUACAUCUCUAAGCAGUACCGUCUUUAGCAACCAAGUAAUGUCACCAAACAGUGCUAGAAACUUUCAUCAACAUGGCUACAAUCAAUUCAACACAACUCCAAACCACUUUGCCGAACAAAUAUUAGCAACAUCUUCCGCUAACGAGAAACCAGUUUUGCCAAAUGGUACGAGCGAUGGUACGACAAACUACCAACCACCUGGAAGAGCCCAACAACCUCUAAACCCUAAAACUGCACCUGAAGGCUCAACCAAACCUAAUAACCAACAUCUCUCAUCUUCAAAUAACAAGCACAGCCGCCCGUUUACAAAUCCAAACGUUCAUCCUCCUACCUCAAUCAAUCCCAGUGACAAUGCUGGCUCGCCUUCAGACGAACAGCCAGACACCCACUUCGAAAAUGUAUCGUCAGCUGGUGACAUAACUCCUAAGUCACCAACUAAUGACCAAAAAGUUAUAGUAAGUUCCACCACGAAGAACCAGGAUGAAUCAGACCCUGAAGCUAUAACAGAAAGUCACCAGCAUCCAUCACCUUUAAGCAACAGCAAUCCUGCCGUGUCAAACCCACUGGUUUCCCCUGAUAUCGGCGCAAACCCACAGCAAACGAACAACGACCAACAACCGGAAACGCCAGAACCUCCCAGCGAUGAAGUAAUCUCAAACAAUUCCAGUAACAAAGCUGAAUCACUGUUAAAUGAGCGGCCCCAAAACUCGGAUACCACAAUCCCGAAGCUACCAGAUGAUGAUCAAAAAAUGACACGAAACACACCACCACCGACAAAGAAGAUGAAACAUCUCUAAACGCGAAACCAGUGGAUCAUGAUGAAAAACCAGCAAGCACUUCAGAUGUCACUAAAAAAUUUCUGCCACCAGAUAGUGGUGACCAGAGUGACUCUUCCUCUGGUUACAACUCAACGAACUCCAAGACAGAAGAAGUUUCUGGUGAGACACCUGGCUCAAUUACUGUGAAACCAUCUAACCCAGCCGAACAAAUUUCAAACAACCAGCCACAGCACAACCAACAACAAGCCACGGAAAAUCUCAACAACAAACCUUCCUGUGAUACGUCAACCUCUGAACCUCGAUCCUCGACAGAAACAGAUAAAAAUUCCGGCAAAAAACGGACCCCUGUUCCUGCGCCUAGAGUAAAGCCCAAACAAAGUCGUCAAAACGCUGCGAAUUUUUCGUCGAAGCCUGAGCAACCCAGACAAGACAGUCCGUUGCUAAAUGAAGCAAGCAAUGACUCGACAACUGAUGAACAAACCUCUACCAGCCGAGCAAGUAAUGGUGAUGACAAUAAUGAAACAACGGAGAAAACAAACAAGUUGGCUGAUGAAGAUAACAUGGAGGACGAAGUGGACUAAAAUAAAAAAUAAUUUUAAGAACAAAGAACUCAGUAUUUUGAAAACGUUAUUUCUGUAAACGUGAACAUUGUUAAAAUGCCUCUCAGCUAAUAUCGUCUAUCACAUUUUUUCGCAGUGCAUGCAGCAUGCAUGAUUUGAAAAACAGCUAUACUGAAAUUAAGGAUUCUCGUCUCAAUAUCUUUUUGUCGCUUCCAGAUAACAUGUGCAUGUAUUUAACAUUAUUUUUACGGAAGAUAGAUGAUUGUUUCUUUAAGGCGUCAGUUCGACGCUUCGAUCUCGCAUUUUGCCUGGGGGAAUAAAUUAUGUUUAAUGAUAUUGAGAAGUUGAAAUACGGAAAUAUAGCUACAUAUUUGGAAAUACGCUUUAUUGUCCAUUAUUAAAAAUGU